AAAAAGAAGGAAAAAACAGUGGCCCACCUAAACACCUCCAUUCCUUCUACUUAAAAAAUGCUCCCCCCAAAUGUAGCCCAUUUCAAAACACUUCUCCUUUCCUUCACUCUCCUUCUAAAGCCCCUCCCUCCAUGGCUUCUCCUCCACCCCAUCUUGUACCCUUCCUCCUUUUAGCCAUGGCCCACCUCAGUGCCCCACAAGAUGUCUCAGAUGGUGCUGCUAUGAUGGACGGUCAGGAGCUCUUGGGCUUGUUUGAAGUCAUGGGUACACUUCUAGAAGACCCCAACUGGGCCCAACUGCACCCCCAUCCUUGCACUGACACCCCAUGGCCUGGCAUCCAAUGUGAGGUGGGCCAAGAACAAGAUCCCACCUUUCAUGUGACCAAACUCCAUGUGGGACCAGAUGUAGUAAACCCACCUUGCAAGACUUCAGCUAUACUCUCUCAAUCCCUACUAAAGCUCCCAUACCUUAAGACCCUCCCCAUAUUAAGCUGCUUCCUAACAACCCCAGCCUCCCUUUCUUCCUCACUCUUUGGGCCCAUCUCUUCCUUAGAGCAGAUAGUCUUCAAAUCCAAUCCAUCUCUCUCUGGAGAGAUCCCUACCACCUUCUCACAAAUCCCCAGAUUAAGAGUCCUUAGCCUCUCACAAAACAACUUGCAUGGAGGAAUUCCAAAGGAGCUUGGUGGGCUUGCUGGGCUAGAGGAGCUAGACCUUGGCUACAACCAUCUGACUGGUGAGAUCCCUCAGGAGAUUGGUGGGCUGGCCAGCUUGGCCAUCUUGGACUUGUGCUGGAAUGACCUCCAAGGGAAUGUCCCACCCACUAUAGGAAACCUCCUCUCCCUCCAAAAGAUGGACCUCAGCUACAACAAUCUUGUAGGGAGCGUACCACCAGACAUGGGCCACUUGCACAGGUUGGUGUUGUUGGAUCUCAGCCACAAUUUCCUAAGUGGGCCCAUCCCAGAGACCCUCUCAGGAUUGAAGGAGUUGGAGUACUUUCUACUAGCAGACAAUCCUAUAAACACAAGGAUUCCUUUGUUUCUUGGGACAGUUGAGAAGCUAACAGUAGUGAGCCUUUCAGGUUGUGGGCUGACUGGACAAAUACCUACAUCAUUUUCCUCCCUGGCCCACCUAACUGCACUUUCAUUGGACAGGAAUGGACUUAGUGGGCCAGUCCCUCAAAAUCUGGGGGCCCUCCCACAUUUGGGUCAGUUGAAUUUGAGCCAAAAUAGACUGAGUGGGGAGUUAUCUUUUCCACAGGAUUUUGUACACAGGCUUGGAAAGAGAUUGGAUGUUAGGGGCAACAAAGGGCUGUGUAUAAGAAACCACAUCUAUGAGAACAUGUCCAUGUAUCUUGAUCUUGAUUCACCUGCUUGUUUGGAUUCUGAUCAAUCUAGUAGUGGGCCUUGGGAGCAAGGGACAGGUGCUGAUGAUAAGAGAUUGAAGCCAGCUUGGUUUGAUGGGAAGGGUAGCUCAGAUGCAUCAGAUGUGUAUGGUGGGCUGGUGCUCCAGUGGAGCAUGGGUUGUAACCUUAUUGUAAUUUUAAUGGGUUUUCUUUAAUAAUAAUAA